GCCCUUCACAAAGAUGGCGCCUGUUCUUUGUCUGUCUUCCCGCGCCUUCCCCCCCCCGGCUCGCGACGGUCAGAACGCCCAUCACAAAGAUGGCGGCCGCUGCGUGCGUGGCGUAGUGUCGUGCGCACGGCGGCGGGCGACGUCCGAGCUCGUCCCGGAAGCGGCGCGGCGCCGGCUGGGGCGGGGAAGGCAGCUGGAGCUGGCGGCGCCCGGCCAGAGCCGCCCCCUCCUGGGCGUCUUAUGAGGACCCGAAAGCUUGCAGAUGGAGUGCCAUCUUCAGAACGGCCGAAGGCUGGAAACAACGCAGCAACCCAGUCUUCAUCUCAUCAAGAGGUUGAUCUUUGCAAAUCCACAAAAACAGUGUGUCUGGCUUCGUCACACAAAGCAACUGACAGACGCCCUUCAAAGAGGCUAAAAUGUGAAAAAAACAGUCUAGUGAAACUGCAGUUACAAGAACUUGUAUCUGGAAAUGGAAGUGUUCGCCGUCUGAAAGAACCAACGGAAACAUCUGAUGAGACUCAACUCUUGGGAGACUCGGUUGACCCCAAUAUGAAGCCUUUACAGAGUAAAAUCAAAAGUGCACCAAAGAUUAAUGAAGAGAGAGAGGGGAAUGAUGAUGAUAUUUCCAUAAAACCAUCUGCACUGAAGGGAAAUAGCUGCCCACCAAAGAAAGAGGAAGGUGAAACUUUUCUGCCAAACCAUAUCCCAAAUGUGGAAGAGGAGAGCAGCUGUGGAACUGCGUUUUCAGAUGAGUCUGGGCUGGAGACCGUAGAUCUCCAGAAGAAACCAAUACAAUUGGAUAAUAGUGCUUUCUUAGAUGAGGACAGUAACCAGCCAAUGCCAGUGGAUCGAUUCUUUGGAAACAUUGAGUUCAUGCAGGACCUCCCAGCAGCUGCAGUCACGUGCACCACAAUGAGCAGGCGAGAAUUUAGAAAACUGCACUUCAUUGCAAAGGAAGACGAUGAUGACGAUGAUGCACUUUAAGCACAGAAUGCAAAAAACAUAACUUUUAUAGUUGUUAAAUUCUCUCUUUUUCUAUAAGUCUGUUGAAAUAAUUAGUGAUCCUAUUAUAAUUAGCUGCCCUACCCAUCACAUUUCACUGGCAUGACAUCUUUCUGCAAGUGCCUUUCCUAGAGAAACUGUCUAUUUCUCUAGGAAUCCUAGACAAAACCCCGAAGCUGGGUGUGGAAGAGAGCGAGUGCCUUUACUAGUGAAUGUGGAAGUAUGAAGUCUGUAGGAUUUAGAAGCCACAGCUACUGAUUUACCAAUUUAACAGAAUUAAAGGACUUGUUGCUUUAAUAAACUAAGCAAUUUUACUUUAUCUCUUUGUUGUGAAGAGGAACAGCUAACAAGAGCAUUAUGUAAAUUUGAGCACAUACAACACAGAUAGGUUGCUGUGGGCUAACAGUGAUCUUCUUAAAAAGAAGAAAAACCUUAAAAGCAAAAUGUGACUAACACAUGUUUGUGUUCUUCAUAGGUGCCUAGUAAGUAAGCUGCUGGUACCCAAUACCUAAGAGGGAGUCCAUCCUGUAUUUCUUAUGUUUAGUGUUAUACCAUUUGUUUACUUCUGAAACUAAUCAAUUCAACUUACAAACCUUUAAAUUGUGGUUCUGUUGGGGAAAACUGGCCCUGUACAAAUGUUAGUGUGGGUUCUGUUUUGUCUCUAGAUGACCAGAUGUGCUUAUUUUACAAACAAGUAUGAGAGCUUUACUCUCUGUUCAAUGAACUCCACCUACCAUCUGAGGUAUAAGCUGGGUUUUCUUUCUUUCACAUAUAUUACCAGCAGUAAAAAUACUGCAGGAUAAAUAUUGCCCUCAUUUAUACCUAUGUAACCUUACUGUUUUCUUGAGUUGGUUUACACAGCUCUUAUUUAUGGGAACUCAGUAAAUCUGUUGAUGCUCAAGAAGGAAUAAAAACUAAUCUCUGAGCUUUCUUCAACAGUUUAUUACUAGAUGAAUGGGUGUUGGAAGUACAGAAUAAGGUUGGUCUGCCUGAUUUUCCCAGGUUGUAGUGGUUUUGGAAAAUGAGCAGCUUCAAAUGACUUCAUGAAAAUUGUUAGUUCAUCUAACAUUGGUAACACUUCACUGGCAGUGGUUAUUAGGCAAUACGCUUCUAGAUCUUUACUUUUGAAACGUUUAAGUACUUGCUCUCUAUAUUUCUAGAAAAGUAGGAAACAUCUCAGCAGAUGGCUUACAUAAAUAUUCAUUUCUACAGCUAUUGCCUGUUAAGCAUCCACAUAAAAGCUGAAUGAAUUGUAUAUAUGUUCAUUCACUUAUUUUCACUUCUGAUAUGAUAUUGCUGUCAGCAAUGUCUUACUGCUUUUCCUCUUUUCUAAUAUACAGGCAUUCAACUUUUUUUAAAUAGUGUAGUUACGAUUUUUAACUAAAUCUUGCUGUAAUCCCUAUAGCUUUUGUCCUUCAAGCUUUUGGGGAUUUAUUUGUGAACCACUGUCCCUCAUAAGUGUCUAUUCAGGUGGAAUAACAUUUAUUUUGAAUAGAAUCUUGAAGGGUGAUGUUAAAUUAUUUAGGGAACAUACUGUAUAGACCACAUUAUAUUUGUCAGCAGGGCAAGAACAGGAUCUUCAUUUGUUAUUACAUCUCCAAAAAUAUCCUGGAGCGAAUGUGUAGAUUUCUUAUUUACUGGUAUUAAAACAGUUACAGAUUACUAUUCAAUUGUUUUGAUUGUAUAAAGAAGUAUAUGUUUAAAAAUUAACAGGGACAGGUAACUAUUGGGUCUGCCAUAGCCCUGCUUUAAAAAUGCACCCGCUCAUUGUAUAGCAGCAAUGCUGAAUGCUUAUUUUCUGAGUUUGUUACUCACUUUUUUUAAUAUAGUAAAACUUCCCCACUUUGAACAAUAAGAUGGUACUUUUUUACUAAUAACCUAAUGCUACUUGGAGUAGUGUUUGUGGUGGAAAAGAGAGAGAAGCAAGUCCAUGGAAAAAACACACAGGCAUGUUGUGACCAGUGUUUCACCAAAUGUAAAAACACAACUCUGUGCCAAAAGACAUUAUUCUAGCCUGACCAAUUUAUACUUCACUCUAUCAGAAGUGGGUCUUAGUUCAUUUGAUUUUGCACUAGUUGCUUGUACACACCUUGUCUCUCCUUUAUACUUAUGUAUGAGGCAAAAGAUGCCUGAAAGAUCUUUAUUAAACAAAUAUAUAAAAAUACAUUGAAGUUUUACAUUAACAUAGUUCCUGAGAAUUCAGUUGAUUUCAGAUGGCCUUUUUUAAAAAAAAUCAUUCACAUUUUACUACAUAAUUAAGAGGUAGAGGGGAGCACAGCUGAUGAACAGACAAUUAUCAAAGAUAUUGAACAUACAAUACCUUUUCCUAUAAUAUCCUUCAUAUGUAGUACUGCACAACACUGCAAGAAAAGUCAAGCAGCCGAGGAAGUUGGAAGAUGUUUUUUAAAAAAAAAGAGGAAUAUGAACCAAGAAAAAAGACAGAAUCUAGCACCACUGAUAGUUUCUUUAGAAAAUAUGUACGUAAAAUAAUAGGUUAAAAAUGGGAGUCAUUAGUAGAUUAGAGCAGAGAUCACAGGGACACAGAACUGGGAGUAGCUCUGCCACUAACUGUGUGGUAGCCUUUGGUAAAUCUAAGGUACACGGAUUGUUUGCCCAGCUGUAAGCUCUGUAGAACAACUUAACUACCUCACAGAAAAUGAGCUGGGGCCUCAGAAACCAACUGUAUGAAAGGUGGAAUGACAAAUGUUUGAAUGAGGUUUGAUUGCAGCCACAUCUAUAUUAGGGAAUUUAGCAAGAAGAGAUCAAUCUAUGAUGUUCUUUCACUAAGAAUUUCAGAAAUAUUAUAAAUGGUGUCCUUUCAUAUAGUUUAGAAAACCACAGCAAAAAGCCACCUUCAGGGAAGUCACUUUGAGACCUUCUGCAUUCGCUUUCUUUUUCUGUAUAUUUUAGUUUUGUCACAGGUGAGAUUAUGGCUGGCUUUCUUAUGGCAAGCAAUAUGCACUAGUUUUAAAUUUUCCAGAGUAAAUAGCAACUGAUAGAAGUAUUCCCAGGCCACUUCCCUUCCAUCUUGUUCUUUGACAGCUUCUGCCAGUGUUGGUACAAUAGUUCGUUUCUUCUCUAUUCUGCAAUAUAAAAUGAGGGAAGCAUUUCCCAUUAUUGACCGUAACAAACUUCCUUUUAACAAACCAUGUAUGUAUUCCCUAUAGGAAGGAUGGGAGCUAACCUUUCAGUCAUGUGUAAGACUUUUCUGCAUUGAUAUUAGGAUGUGUGUGGUGAUGGUAGUUUUUUUAAAUUCUAAAGAAAGGAGCUUAGCAUGAGUAAUGUGGACCCUAGAAUCCUAUGUAAUUUCUAAUUACAUAACAGCUUUGGGCAGGGGCAGAAAUGAAAGACUAGUCACCUGAGGAGCCUAGUGGGAGAUGUUUUUAAUACACAGAGAAGUUGGGGUAAGGGAAGAGCAGCUAACAAUGAAUGUACUAGAAUGUAAUAUGUAUUGUAGAUUUCUAUCUUGUCACCCAUUUCUGCAAUAUCUGAGUACCUUCCAUCUCAGUGGAUUUAGGAGAAAAUGAGCAGACUAACCAUCAGACUUCCCCAUAAGAUGAAAACAAACUGGGUUGGUAUCUUGUUUAAUGCUGAAGGUGGACAGUGUGUAACAGGUAUGUUUGGUUUAAUGUUUUAUACGUACAUAUGAUCGAGAUUCCACGUACUGAAGAGGAUUCUGCUCUCCCUGUUACUGUAGGGAUUGAUGGAAUGUUUACACAGGCAGUAAUCCCUGUCAAAAGGACCCUGUAAAAAGAUAAAGGCAGCGGGAUAGUAUCCACCCAGCAAAAUGUAUUCAGCUUGUUGCACAGGAAAAGAUAUGGGAAGAAUCAAGGCCAUCCACUGACAAAGGCUGCCUUUGGAAACACAGGAUAAAAUUUUAGUAGUUUUCCCUGCAUAAAUAAGCAAUCAAUAUCAGUAAGCUAACUUAUGCUUGUAUUUAAUUGGGUAUCUAAGUAAUUAUCUCUUUCCUCAAAUUCCAUCACUGUAGAGCAGUGGUGGGCAACCUGCAGCCUAUCAGGGUAAUCCACUGGUGGACUGCAAGACCGUGUUUACAUUGACUGUCCUUAGGCACAGCCGCCCACAGCUCCCAGUGACCACAAUUUGCCGUUCCCGGCCAAUAGGAGCUGUGGGAAGCGGCAGGCAGCACGUCCCUGCAGCCCGCGCCGCUUCCCACAGCUUUCAUUGGCUGAGAACAGUGAACCGUGACCACUGGGAGCCAUGGGGGGCCAUGCCUAAGGACGGUCAAUGUAAACACUGUCUUGCGGCCCACCAGCGGAUUACCCUGAUGGGCUGCAGGUUGCCCACCACUGCUGUACAGCAUGCCAGCACUUGCUGCAGCAGAGAACUCUGGCUAAGAAAUGACUGUGAAAUGUGUGCCUAUGUAAGAGGUGAAUGGGAGGCAGCUCUUAGCAUGGUGGAACUUUUAACAAUGAUUGGAAAGCUAGUACUGAAGCCCCUGAUACCGCUGCUGUUUUACAACAAUUUGUAGAUCAGUGGUUCAGGAGAGCCAGAUGUGAAAUCCAAUUUUUAGCUUAUAAAGGGCAAGAAACAAGUCCUCUUUUAAAGCUGGGUGAUUGUUUACACAACCGUUGGCACCAUGUCCUGCUGAAAGCCUAACUGAAAUGUCAGCCUAAAUCAGACAUUUUACUUAAAUAAAAUACAGAAUCCUGGAAAGCCCUGCCUCCCCUAGUAAGGCUUGAAUUUGUUCAGCAGUAUGACAAUCAGCAAAGGGAUGCUGUCAACUUAAAAAUGUUGUAAAUCAGUUAGUUAUGUUACCCACACCCUUGAUUAAUAAAAGAGGUAAUAUGCCACACUUUGCUUCUCAAAAGUUGGAUGCUCAAAGUAAUUAGUCAGUUUCACUCUCAGUGCUGCAAUGUUUAAAAUAUCACUCCAAAAAACAAAACACUUGUUGGUCUUAAGUCUUGUUUAAAUUUAGUAAAAACACCAAAGAAUUUUAUCUGAGAACAAAUUAUGCUGGCAGCGUCCUUCAGUCACUGUAGGUAGGUAAAUUAUUUCUCUUCAGUUUAAUAGUUUGCAGUGCCCAGAGGCUUAUUCUGCCUUUAAAUGCAUAACUCCCAUUACAAUUUAUUUUCAUAAGCAUAGCACAUAAAAUAUACCUUACACACACUUAUUUGUCUUCGAAAUAGUUUCUUACUUGACAGGAGAACCAUCCCUCAGUAGUGCAGAGGCGGACCGCCGCCUCCUCUCUUCUGUCAAAGUAACAGCCAUUAUAUUUAACAGACUUCAGUUUAUCCAACAUAAAGUCAGUUAUUCUUUUAUAUUCUGCUUGUGCUGCUGGAUGAACAGCUGAAGUAUAACUGCUAACCUUUAAGAAAAUAAAAAGCACUAUGUCAUUCCUAGCUCAGACAGUGCCUACUGCACCCUGAAUCUACUUAAUAAAUCCAAUAGAUUUAAAUGUAAAACUAGUUCCAUGGCUGUUUAUGGAAAAAAAUUCAGCUGUUCAGGUCUAAUGUAAAGAUUUAUUUUUAAUAACAGCUUGAAACCAAGCUACAUUCAAAACAGCAAUUUUUACCUCUUUCAUAUAACUUCGUAUUCUGCUUUCACAACUGUAUCUCAUAUAACUUGAUUUAUUCUUAAAGCGAGACUCCAUACCUAAAAGACAUAAAUAUUUUAUGACUUGUAUAAAAAAUCUCAAGCUGUUGUUUUACUUGGCUGGAUCUCUAGCUCCUUUUCUUUAUGAAAUGAAGUGAGUAUGAUUGUUUAUUUGCUUCGCUUCCCUGUUCAUAGUGUAAGCACUCUGGAUACCAAGAAUGCCUUACUAUUUUGGCUUUACAUAGGGUUCAGUACAUUGUUUGCACUUAAUAAAUCAUAUACCAAUCAUUGCUCUUAA